AGAUUUGACUCUGAGCACACAUGCCCCAUUGAUGUACGUCAACGAAAUAGCCGUCAGGCUACGUCUAGGAUUAUUGCCGAACUUGUCAAACAUGAGUACGGUGAUGCAUCCAAUAAGCCAUACCCUCCGAAAUCAAUUAUGCUUGAUAUGAAGACCAAAUACGACAUUUACAUGUCAUAUAAAAAAGCAUGGGUUGCCAAAGAAAUGGCAAUGGAACUGGCUAUGGGAUCUGAAAAGGAUUCAUAUGCACGCUUACCUUCAAUGUGCCAUGUGCUUGAAAGGAGUAACCCAGGUUCUAUAGUUUCUUAUUCGUGCAAGGAAAAUGGCGAGUUUAUUAAUUUUUUCAUGUGCCUUUCUGCAUGGAGGGAAGGUUGGAUUAAUUGCAUUCCGGUUAUAAUUGUGGAUGAGUCUUUUUUGAAGUCGUAUUAUAAGGGUACAUUACUCACUGCAUGUACACAAGAUGCAAACAAACAAAUAUUUCCAUUGGCAUUCGGUAUUUGUAGUGGAGAAAAUACUGAAAAUUGGUCAUGGUUCUUCAGCAUGUUGAAGCAUUCGCUAAUGCAUAGGGAUGAUCUAUAUAUUGUUUCUGAUCGGCACGAGGGCAUUAUUACCUCUGUGCGUUCUGUAUUUCCUCAUGCGGAGCAUGGUUACUGUGUCUACCACAUAUUGGCUAAUUUGAAAACAAGAUUUCGUGGCACUCAAAAAACUGUGUCAUGGAAGUUUUUGCAGGCUGCUCGUGUUGGAUCUGUGUAUGAGUGUGAAGAGUACCUUCAAAUGCUGGAUAGUGAGGAUCCACGCAUUCGUACGUAUUUAGAGCGGAUGGGCCACCACAAAUGGUCUCAUGCUUAUGCUAGUCGAAAUCGGUACUCGGUCAUGAUGUCAAACAAUGCGGAGUCAUUAAAUGCGGUUAAUGCCACUGCCCGAGAAUACCCAAUAUGUAAGUUGAUUGAGUUUAUUAUUGCACGAAUGCAAAAGUGGUUUUGUGAACGGCGAGAAUCUUCAUCGUCAAACAAUUGCCGUUUAUCUGCACACUUUGAAUCUGAACUAGCAGUUUUACAAGCUAUGGCAGCCGUCAUGAGAGUCAAACCAUCAUGUGUUUUUG